AUGAAGGUCUUGGUCGUGCUCGCCCUCGCUGUUUUCACAGCAGGAUGCAAUGCAAACAUUGUGUGGACUAACCAGCCCAAGCAGCAGGUCGACAUGGUGAAAAAUGCAUUCUGGGAAUACGUUGGAAAAGCCACCAUGACCGCUGAGGACUCCCUGAAGCAGAUCAGACAGUCCCAGCUGGGAAAAGACAUCAACACCCUCAUCUCAGAGAGCACCGACGCCGUCAACAAGCUCACCGCCACUCUCCGCACCGAGGUGGCCCCUAUGACCCAGAACCUCAUGACCCAGCUCACCCAUGAAGCCGAGCAGCUCAAGACCCGUCUGGAGCAGGAUCUGACCGCCAUGGGAACCCGCCUCCAGCCCUACGCCGAGGAUCUGGUCGCUUCCCUCCAGAAGCAGGUUGAGGAGCUGAGGAGGGAGGCUGCCCCCUUCGCUGAGACCAUGGACCCUGAGUCCCUGAAGGCCGUCCUGCAAAAGAAGAGCCAGGAGCUGAAGGUGCAGCUGGACAAGAGAGUGAGCGAGCUGCAGGGUCAGAUGGUUCCCUACGCCGAGGAGAUGAAGGAGAAGAUGGAGCAGAGCCUGGAUGAGUUUCAGAGGAACAUGAUGCCCCUGGCCCAGAGCUUCGAGAGCCAGCUGACCCAGAAGACCCAGGAGAUGCAGGAGACUCUGGCCCCGUACAGGGAGGAGCUGAGAGCCAAGCUGGAUGCAGAUGCACAGAACAUGAAGAAGCAGCUGAUGGCUCUGUGGAAGUCUUUCACUAAGAUGACCCAGUAA